CCGAAUGUUAUUUGUCUCUCCACGUGACGGCGAUGGAACAUUUGGGACAAAAUUAUCGAGGGCGGAAAAUAUAUCUAACCAUGUAUGUAUUCCUGUUCGCCUGUCGUCACAUUGACGACAGGCGCGGAAAAAAAGCCUGUGAAUGUAUUCACUGGUUUACACACACACACAUACACACUCACUCCCUCCACACAUCCCAUCUCCAUUCUUCCCUCUAUCGCCUCUCCUCUCACCACCCAACCCUCCCUCCCUCUCUGCACUCCCUCCUGUGUCUCCCUCUCCCCGUGUCUCUCACUCCUGCGCGUGAAUUGUUACCGAGCGCAUCUCGUCUUCACGCAAAUCAGCUUCGUACUCCCAGACUGCAUGUGACAUUGUGCUGCUCCCUGAGUGGACACCACCCAUCGCACGGCCAUGGACUUCGUCAUGAAACAAGCCCUUGGAGGCGCCACGAAGGACGUGGGGAAGAUGCUCGGAGGAGACCAGGCGGAGAAAGACCCCGAAGCGCAGAAGAAGGAAGAGGAUCGGAGGGAAGCGCUGCGGCAGCAGGAGGAGGAGCGGAAGCUGAAGCAUGCCAAGAUGGAGGCGGAGCGGGAGCGCGUGCGGCAGAACGUGCGGGACAAGUACGGCCUCAAGCGGCGCGAGGAGCGGGAGGCCGAGGCCAAAGCGGCGAUGGAGGCCGCGUGCAGUGGGGGCGGCGGCGGCGGCGGCGGUGGCGGCGGCGUUUCCGGCGGUGUGGCUGGAUCCGAGGGCAGCCUCACCCGCCCCAAGCGGGCCAUCCCUCCCGGAGACGAACAGAAGGCGCAGAGAGGUUCCAAGUUGGGUGGAGGAGGGAUCCAUCAGGCAAAAGGGAGUGGCAGUGCUUACGUUAAAAAGUAUUCGUAGAGAGAGACGGAGAUGAUGCGGCGCAUGCAACCGCACUGCAUGCCAACGGCGCACGAUGUGAUUCUUGCAUGAUGCACAUUGCACAGGGUGUCCACAGAAGUAUCGCGUGUCGCUCCGUUCAUCAUCAUCACCAUCAUCAACAUCAUUACCAACAUCAUCACCAUCAACAUCACCGACGUCAUCGUCGCCGCCGCCGUCAUCAUGCACGGCCCCUUUGUCAAUCCGCUGCUGGAUGAAGGCCUGCCCGAUGCCGUGACGGUCCAAACAUAUUGAAAGCAAAAAUACGCAAAUUCCACAUUUUAAAGCUGCAACGAUUCACGAAAACAUUUGAGGGCGCCCUCCCUUCGCGACAGAGCGCCUUAACUCCCCACGCGAUAUAUACAUACAUACAUAAAUUGUCACUCCAAAUAAUUCAACCAGCCUUUGUUAAUCCAUUGGCGCGACAGAGGCCGUGUUGGUCGUGGUGGUUGUUUGACCGUGGAAGACAAUGGUCGUGUCGUGCAACCCAUGUGUCUCCACCACGCUGGUCAGUGCGGAGUGCUGAAUAGGAGCCGUUAAGGUUGCCGUUCGCCACGCACGACAGCUGUGGCCGGGGAAUCGAACUCAGGUGGCCGCGUUCAUAACGCAGCAACGCACAAAGCCGCACCACCACUUUAUUCUUGUGAGUUAUUAAUGUAACAACAAUAGUCACAUCUUGUUUUGAAGCUUUCGUGACUGCAGGAAUCCAUACUCUUUGGUUCUUUCGGUAAAGUCACGUAGGUAUUUUAUUUUAUUUUUAUACCUACGUGACUUUACCGAAAGAACCAAAGAGUAAUAAUAGUCAUGGUAGAUUUCAGCCCCCUGUUGUAAAUCCACCGUUUUAUAAAAGGCCACUACGCACCGUGUCGGAAGGGGGCUGUUGUUUCUAUCGAACUCCACAAGAGAAGAGGAAUGCAGGCACCCAUUCGGACACCACUCGCACGGCGGAUGUCAGCAGUGGCCAGGAGUUGAACUCGGCCCGCCGGGUUCACGGCGCAGUGCCGUUGAACCCGCUCCGCCAUUGCCUCCCGCCCAUUGUUAAAGCCACACAAUUAAGGUGGCAAUUCGAAUUAUGUUGAUAAAUACUACUACUACACAAAAGAGUCUUAACAGACUUUUGGGACUUUCAAAGUAGCACCGAUGAAAGCCGGCAAGGCGCUCGAAGAGAGUGGAUGGCCAACACCACGCCCGGCCGCCUUUGUCUCCCCAGUGGCGAUGUUUACGACUGUCCGCAACCAGGUACUCAUUUAAGACUGAGUCGAUCUCGGGGAGGCCCAGGACCGGUUCAGAUAAAUCGUCACUGGAGUGUUGGCCGUGAGCGGGAAUCGAACCCAGUGUGCUAAUCAUUGCGCCAACGCUCCCCGCGUAUAAUAUCUGCACAUGCACGCGCACGACGUCAAUACGUGAGCCACUUGUUGGUACCACGUGACGUGGGGUCACUUCAGCGGUUUCAAUUCCUUCACGUGGCCGAUAAAAAGCAAAUUACGUGGAAAGCGCUUGAAAAAAUGAGCGCGGCUUAUCGAGCAAGUCAAUCUCAUUGGCCGUACAAAUAAAUCGGUCCUAAUGGAAAUGUGCCGCCUUAGGUGCUUACCAAUGGCUUGGUCCCAUGGAUGAUUGGCGAAGUAAAUAUGCUAUCGUAUUAUUAUUAUUAUUGUUUUAAACCCUCCAAACACACCACGUGCAUUAACAAUCGAAUCGAGAUUUUUUUGUUUUGUUUAAAAUAGUCUCAGGUGAAUUGCCAAAAACAACGUCCGGUGCGAUCAUUCCAAGCGCGUCUACCGUACGCUACUGAAGAAUCGUUCGAGCCGUGUCGGUUCAACGCCACGUGGGGAAUACAUUUUGCGAAUAACCAAAAAAAGUGCGACCACGCGAGUUCAUGCCGCCGUCUAAUAACAAACGCUUUCAUUCUGCAUGAUACUUCUACGGACACCCUUGACUAUAGUAUUAUUUAUGAAGUGUGUGUUUUCUCUAUUUAUGAUCAUUGCUUGCCCCGCCUACAAUGCCACCAUCGUUAUCAUCAUCAUCAUCAUCGUCGUCGUCGUUAUUUAUUCUUCUUAUUCUUAUUAUUGUGUGCCCUUAGGCAACAUCUUAAGCAUGAGAAGCCAUUUGCACAGAUGCUGAGAACUUUUCUUUGCGUGGAUGCAUU